AUGACAUACGGCACAGUCUCCUACGACUCCACCAACGGCGCCGCCUUCACCGUCAGCGCCCUCGGCGACGCGCCGACCAUGCAGUCCAGCUUCUGCCUGUUCUUCGGCGCCGUGUCGGUUAUCAUGCGCGCCGCGCCCGGUACCGGCAUCGUCAGUUCCGCCAUCCUCGAGUCCGACGACCUGGACGAGAUCGACUGGGAGUGA